AUGUGCGUCACAACUAUUCAAACAGUCCAGAUGUUGGCUGGAGUUGCUGUCUCGUAUAUCGUCUAUCGAAUCAAAACCGAAUCCACACUACCAUGCCAGCAGUCGAUGGCGAACCUCUACUUGGCAUUUAUCAUUUACGUCACAUUUGCAGUCCUUUUCCUCCAAUUCUUCUACAAAGCAUACAUUGCAAAGUCUAAGAAAUCUAAGACGUUGUAA